CAUGGCGGGGCCGCGCUGAGCCGGGCCAUGGACCACCACCUGCGCCGGCUGCGCCAGGAGCUGCUAUCCAUGAAGGAGGUUGGAGACGGGCUGCACGAGCAGAUGAACUGCAUGAUGGGUGCACUGCAGGAGCUGAAACUCCUCCAGGUCCAGACAGCUUUGGAGCAGUUGGACAUCUCCGGGAGCCGAGGUGCCAUUUCUGGCCUGGAGCAGCCCCAGUGCUGCCACAGCAGCAGCAGAGAUGUGCCCAAGGCUCAACGGGCUGAGCGGCUGCAGGGGGAGGUGGUGGUGCAGGAGCUCAGCCCCACGUCCCUGCCCUGUGCUGUGCCACAUCCAGGGGCUCUGCCCCAUCCUGCUGCUCUCCUGGAGGGCACCCACCUUAGAGACACCCCAUCUUCCUUCAGGAGCCUCUGUGGGGAGGACGUUUGUUACCCACAAGGACCUUCCUCCACGCCAAGCAGAGCAGAGCUCGCCCACCCAAGGGCAUUUGAGCCCCGGAGGCAGUGCCCAGCUGGGGGGCAGCCAGCGUGUGGGGAGUGCCCGGGCUGUGACGAUGGCCACGACUGGACGUCUUCCCUCAUGUCCCAGAGCAGGAAUCGGCAGCCGCUGGUCUUGGGGGAUAACAUCUUUGCAGACUUGGUUGGGAACUGGUUGGAUCUACCAGAGCUGGAUAAGAAAGGGGAGAAGAGCGAGGAAUCGCUGUCCAUGAGCAGGUCCCAGGAGCUCUGCAGGAAGUUCUCCCUCACAGCCAACAUCUUCAAGAAGUUCCUGAGGAGCGUUCGGCCAGACCGCGACAGGCUUCUGAAGGAGAAACCUGGCUGGCUUCCACCCGAAGAGAAACAGCCCACAAUUUCUAAGAGACCCAAAAAGAUCAACAAACUCAAGGGGACAUUUUACUUCCCACUUCAUGGGAACAUCCAGAAUCACCACAGCAAAGCAGAGAGGUGCCCAAAGGCAGAGAGCAGUAGUGAGAAACCCCAAACGGGCACCAAGAAAGUCCACGAUACCAUAGACUACACCCAGUCUGGGUUUGACAUCAAUACAGCUGUUUGGGUCUGAGCUCAUCCACGUUCUCUGCUCAGCAUUUGCUUCACACCAGAGAGGAGCUGGAGGCUGUCCAUGUCUUUGCAGGAGACACCUGAGCUCUUAGAGUGGACUGAGAUGGGAGGGAGGUUCUCUGCAAAACACUCAGUGGGCAUCAGUCACCUGCCAGCAGCAAUUCCCCAAGAACCACAGCUCCAGGAGCAGUGGCUGAUGCAGCCCCACGUGGGGACACUUUUGGGGACAGAUAUUUGCAGAAGUAAGCUAAAUCUUUAGCAGCUUUAGGGGAAGUGGUGCCCCAGAUGACCAGCUCCUGGGGACCCAUUCCAUCACCUCUAGUUAGAAGAGCUGCAGCACAGACCCCGCUGUGUGCACUGGGUGUGAGUGAGUGUGCAAAUAUAUAUAUAUAUAUAUAUAUAGGGUUUUUUAAACAAAGGUCUAUUCCUGCUUGUGUGCACUUAAAUCUGGGUUGGGAACCAGGCAACUCCAGCCUUGUACCUGAAGCACUUGUUAUUUAUACUGCAAGGAGUUUGAAGACUUGACCAGUUGCCAGGUGUUGAGCCACAGCUCCACUCCCCUCCCAUUAUCCCUCCUUCCCCUGCCAGUGACACCAGGAGGACACAAAGCUCCUCUCGUGGCAGCUUGUGACCCUGAAGCUCUCAGUGGGUUUUGCUUCUCUCCUCAUGCCCUUCACCCCACAACCUUGCAAAAGUUGAGGUUGCACCAAGAUGUCGGUUUGCAACAGACGUUUGUUGUUGUUGUUUCCCAUUGCUGUUGUUGUACAAACCCCGUCUGACACAGCCAAAUC